CGCUGCUGGCGGCGGCGGCGGCGGCGGCGGAGGCGCGGGGAGCUCGGGCCGGAGACGUGAAGUCCCGGGCAGCAAGCAAGGCAGCGAGGGAGGCGGCGAGUGAGAGGUGAGGCGGCCGGAGCCCCGCGUCCAGCCGCAGCCGGCGCCGGCGCGCGCGGGGCCCGGGCAUCCCCGGAGCGGGUGCCUGCGCGGGGCCUCGCCGUGUCUUGGGCGCCCGCAGUGCCACCCGCCUGCCAGCCCGCCCGAGCGCCAGGCUCGCAGGAGCCCGGCUUUCACUUCCUCUCGCCUCUGCCCGCCUCCCCGGCUCACCGGCUGGCGUCGCCACCGCCUCCUCGUCCCCGGCCACCGCUGUCGCCGCUGCUGCAAUCCGGGGCGCACACUCUCCCACUUUCACCCUGGAGGCGCGGAGGAUGCCCCUUGCACCAGAUCGGGAGAAAUAGCCCCCAGAUCCGACUGGAGGAGCCUCGGCGACGAGGAAGGAAAGCCCAGCUCCUCUUUCCUCGAUGCCACUGCAGCCCCUGGCCGCGGGGAAGGCGCCCACAGAGCGGGCGCGCCGAGCGGGACGCGGGAGUCGCGGGAGAGCCCCCAGGCGCCAGCUGAGCUCCGAUGGCAGAGUUUGCAAGUAUCUGAGACCCCUCAGGUGGCAGCCCUGAGCUCUGAGGCGUGACCAGAUGGAGGCCCGCCAGCUUCCGUCCCCACGAGGCAGGCAUGCCCAGCUUGGUCCCCAGCUGAGAAAGAUGCCAGAAACAAGGCCGCCAGUGAAAUAGUCCAUUUCUGAUGGGCCUGAGGAGCUGAGAAAGGGAGCGAAGUGAGCUGCAGCUUCUGGCGAUCAUCAGAAUCCUCCUCCAAUUGCCAUUUCCAAGGUUCUUCGGGAACUCUCUGAAGUGAAGAACAAGAUGUAGGAAAAUGGGACCAACUCCUGGGUGUCCUGAGCCUCAAAUUCCCUUUCUUGGACCAAAGAAGCUGCCUUUGACUUUGGGAGGGCUGUUAAGCUCAGUCCUCCUUUCUCUUGGCCUCAGCCAAGCACUGGGCUGCCCCUCCCCCUCUGGUCUUGGCAAUCACCUUUGCAGAGGGAAUAGGACUGAGGACCCCCAGGAGUUCCAUCCCUAAGGGCAGCUUGAGAGACCAGGCCCCCUGCCUCUCCUCCUGAGCCCCCAGCCAAGCCCCAGAGAGCCAGUACGGGAUGAUCCCACUAUGGCCAAGCUCUGGUUCAAAUUCCAGCGGUACUUCCGCCGGAAACCCGUGCGCUUCUUUACCUUCCUGGCACUCUACCUGACGGCCGGGAGCCUCGUCUUCCUUCACUCUGGCUUCGUGGGCCAGCCCGCCGUCUCCCAGAACCAGGCCAACCCCGCCGCGGGGGGCCCUGCCGAGGGCGCCGAGCUGCCCUUCUUGGGCGACUUGCAUCUGGGCAGAGGCUUCCGGGACACGGGCGAAGCCUCAAGCAUUGCCCGCAGGUACGGACCCUGGUUCAAGGGCAAGGAUGGCGAGAGAGCCAAGCCGGGCGACUACGGUGGAGCCUGGAGCCGAGCCCUCAAAGGGAGGGUCGUCCGGGAGAAGGAGGAGGAGAGAGCCAAGUACAUCGGCUGCUACCUGGAUGACACCCAGAGUCGGGCCCUUCGAGGCGUGUCCUUUUUUGACUACAAAAAGAUGACCGUCUUCCGUUGCCAGGACAACUGUGCUGAACGGGGUUACCUGUAUGCCGGGCUGGAGUUCGGCGCUGAGUGCUACUGCGGCCACAAGAUCCAGGCGGCAAACGUGAGCGAAGCAGAGUGCGACAUGGAAUGCAAGGGCGAGCGGGGCAGCGUGUGCGGUGGUGCCAACCGCCUGUCUGUCUACCGGCUGCAGCUGGCCCAGGAGUCUGCCCGCAGGUAUGGAAGUGCAGUAUUCCGAGGCUGUUUCCACAGGCCUGACAACCUCUCCCUGGCCUUGCCCGUGACAGCCGCCAUGCCGAACAUGUCUGUGGACAAGUGCGUGGACCUCUGCACAGAGAAGGAGUACCCACUGGCAGCUCUCGCGGGCACCGCCUGCCACUGUGGAUUUCCCACCACCCGAUUCCCCCUCCAUGAGAGAGAGGAUGAGCAGCUCUGCGCCCAGAAGUGCAGUGCAGAGGAGUUUGAGAGCUGCGGGACUCCCAGUUACUUCAUCGUGUAUCAGACGCAGGUCCAGGACAACCGCUGCAUGGACAGAAGGUUUCUGCCAGCCAAAUCCAAGCAGCUCAUUGCUCUGGCCAGCUUCCCAGGUGCCGGCAACACAUGGGCUCGCCACCUCAUCGAGCUGGCCACCGGCUUCUACACUGGCAGCUACUACUUCGACGGCUCCCUCUACAACAAAGGGUUUAAAGGUGAGCGGGACCACUGGCGCAGUGGGAGGACCAUCUGCAUCAAGACACACGAGAGCGGCCAGAAGGAGAUCGAGGCCUUCGAUGCCGCCAUCCUGCUCAUCCGUAACCCCUACAAGGCCCUCAUGGCAGAGUUCAACCGCAAGUAUGGUGGUCACAUCGGCUUUGCUGCCCACGCCCACUGGAAGGGCAAAGAGUGGCCAGAGUUUGUGAGGAACUACGCCCCCUGGUGGGCCACGCACACGCUUGACUGGCUCAAGUUCGGCAGGAAGGUGCUGGUGGUGCACUUUGAGGACCUGAAGCAGGACCUUUUUGUCCAGCUGGGCCGCAUGGUGAGCUUGCUGGGCGUGGCGGUCAGGGAAGACCGGCUGCUGUGCGUGGAGAGCCAGAAGGACGGCAACUUCAAGCGCUCAGGGCUCCGCAAGCUCGAGUACGACCCCUACACGGCGGACAUGCAGAAGACCAUCUCUGCCUACAUCAAGAUGGUGGACGCAGCCCUCAGAGGCAGGAACCUCACAGGCGUUCCCGAUGACUACUACCCGAGAUGAUGCACCAGCACAGCGCGGGGGUGGGCUGGGAGUCCUGACCAAGCAGGCCCUGGGGACUCAAGACCCCUGGUGACCCCCACUGAUCUGUCCUUUCUUUGGUUUGGGGACAGUCACCUUGGCUCUGUUGGCCUUCAAUGAGUUUCCUGCAUGACAAAGGAGGCUCAAGUCCAGAGAUUGUCCAGGCACUCCCCCAACUACUCAUAUGUCCCCCUUCCCACUUGGAGAUGAGUGGGGCAACUGAUCUGGGGGACACUUUUCUGUCCCCUGUGCCCCUAUCCCAGCACGCUGGGCUCCGUUUGUGGGAGGGAGGGCUCAUCGGUGUCACAGACAGGCUGCAUGACCCCUGCAGCUGGUGAGAACCUUGAUGCUCAAGGGGCUCUUGUAGAAACGUGUCCCCAGACACUCAUUCCUUCCCUUCUCCACCCGGGAAGUGCUGGCACAGAUGUUUAUCUCAGGCCACUUUCUGAGGCGAAGAAAGAUUGCUGGGAAGUUUCUCCGUGGCCUUAGGUGUCUGACAUUCUGGGUGGGGUAGGGAGGCAUAGUGCUCACAGCAGGUUAAUCGGCACCACCACGCGGGGUCGCUGGCAUCAUGAACCCACCCCCAGGUCAUGAUGCUUCUGAGAAAUAAGCUGGUUGCCUUUCCAUCACUAGGGCUCAAAUUCUGCCCUUUUCUUCCCAGGCUGUGUCCAGGAGGUGACCUUGGGGUCUUUGAUUCCACUUCCAGGGUUCCUCGGGCACCAACAAUUAACCCACAAGAUUGGCCACAGGCCACGUGCAGAGGAUCUGAGAGCCCCAGUGACACAUCUAUCCAUUGCGGGUCCAGCAUAUCAAUCUUACACUGCCCUUCUGACUCCACCAGUGGGUCCAUUGCCAUCAGGUGAAAGAGCAAGAGUGCUCCAAAUCAGUUGCAACCAUGCCCACAUGGACCCUCAUGACCUUCCCACACCAUCAGCCUCCCCUUGAUCAUAGCCCAGCAGGGCUGGCCUCGCUAGGGGGCCCUUUAAGGAAUGGGGUGAAUGGGAUGAUCUAUCAUUUCCAUAUGAUGCUGCUCUCUUGAUGCUGAGACACCAAACCAAAGGAUUUCUGAGGACCUGAGUUACUGAUCAUCUAAAAAAAGCAUUGAUCCAGGGUCCCAUCUCUUCCCCCACCUUGGAUACCUGCGCCAUUCCUGCCACGUAGAUACAAAAGCCAUAGGUCUGUGGAGAGGCCUCCCUGAGCAGUCCCUCUGAAAUCUUGGGGUGCAGGUAAAUGCUCAUUCCCAAAUAGCAAAGAGACUACAGAGAAGGCAAGAGUAAAGAGAUAUAUUUUUCUAAGAGGAAUAUGACUGAUACAUUCCGCCCCUUGGAACCUGGCCAUGCAGAAGGGCACAGGGAUGGACCUGUGGUUCCCUUCCCUGCCUCCCUCAUCUGUAGAAUUUGGGUCACCCUAGGGCCCAGCCAGGGGGCUCGGAAUGUAUUUUGUACCGUGUUUCUUUCCCCCAGGCUAUUUCUAGUCUUCUUUCUCGAAGCAGUAGAGGGCUUGGUCUCCCCUCUCACUUGGAGGUCAGCUCUCUCUUGCAGACUCUUGGUCCAAGACCUGGGCCAGUUCUCUGCUGGUGAUCACCUCUGGCCCCAAGCUUCUGUCUGAAGAUUCCUCAGGUCAACACCACCAUUAAAUGCGAGUUUUGUUGAUAAUUCUA